AUGCAAAGAGCUGAAUCUGCAGAAACUGAACUGGCAGCGGCCAAGAUUGCCGCAGCAGCAGCAGUGACCCUUCAGACAAAACCCAGUACGACCUCGGAAAAGCACCAAAAAGGAGGUCGAGGAAAGCUAGCGGGUACGGCCAACACACAGGCCUCGACACCCAAGAGGGUCAGAUCUUCACCGGGCGAAGAAAAACCAGGGGCGUCCAAGAAACAGAGAGAUACCCUGGGAAGACGCAUCGAUGUAGGUCAAAGAGAUGAAGAGGUUGAAGGGGCUACCAACAACGGUACUCCAGAAACUCCCAGGCAAGUGGUUGGGGGUCGAAAGGACGAGACUAAGACGCGGGACAGCAAAAGGAAGCCUCCUGGAGAUAAGAAGUUUAGGAAGAAGGGCGAAGCACUCAUCGUGAAGACAAGCGCGGAGGAUUAUCUUGAGAUUCUGCGAACCAUAAGACUUGCUCCAGAAUUGAAGGAGCUUGAUACGGACGUGUUCAAAAUCAGACGCACCCGAACGGAAGACAUGAUCUUUGAGCUGAAAAAAAACUCGAAGAACAAGAGCUCAUACUAUAAAGAUAUAAUCCAGAAAUUUGUGGGAAACAAGGCCGAAGUAAAAGCCAUGACCGCAGAAGCGACCCUCCAGUGUGAAAAUCUGGAUGAAAUCACUACCGAGGAAGAGGUUAAAAAUGCCCUGAAAAAGGCAUGUCAAAUGGCUGAUGCUGAGUUUAAUGUUCGCCUAAGAAGAGGAAUACUUGGAAUGCAGGUGGCAGUCAUAAAACUACCAGUUGAAGCAGCCAAUAAAGCACUGGAGAUCGGUAAAAUCAGAGUCGGCUGGGCAAUUUGCCCGUUGAGCAUCCAUCAACAGCCGGAGGUGUGUUUCAAAUGCCAGGGAUUUGGCCAUGUGGCAAGAAACUGCAAGGGACCCGAUAGGACUAAGCUGUGUAGAAGAUGUGGUGAAGAGGGCCACAAGACACGGGGCUGCUCGAAACCACCGAAAUGCCUUAUAUGCGCGAAUGAAAACGAUAACAAUCAUGUGACCGGAGGACUGAGAUGUCCGGCCUUUAAGAAAGCAGCUGCAGCCAAACCACAAUGGAGGUAA